ACAAUACCAUGAUCUCUACCACAAUUUUCUUUCCAUGACUGCCAGCACACGGUCUAUAAACGACAAGAGCCCUACUAGAAGUAGCAAAUUUUUUGCUGGGUCUCAAAGUUCUGAUGAAAAUUCUUCUGACGAUGCAUCUAAAAGAAAGGAUGAAACUACUGAAGAAGAAUAUACCAGUGAAGAUGAAAUUUUAUUAAGCUCUAGAGGAUUUAUUGAAACUCCUGGUUCUUUAGAUGAUUCUUCUUUAAAAGUUGGGUCUCUUGUGUUUAAUGAAAUCGAUGAAUUCGAUGACACUGAUCAACCUUUGGAUGUCAACGCGUCUUUUCUAAAUCCUCUACAAGUUACUACACAUCGUAGUUCUCAUGAUUACGAUAUAUUGGAAAGUAAACGACGUCAAG